GCAAACAACUUUUUUAUUGAUAAAAAAGAUGAAAGUUAAAGUUAUCACAAGAAAUCCGGAUAAAUAUGUCCGCGAAACAAAGCAGGACAUCCACAAAUGUUUCCGCAAUUACGAUCGCGAAUUACACCCGUUUCAAAGCACAAGGGAAUACGUGCGUGCUUUGAAUGCCACCAAAUUGGAGAGAGUUUUUGCGAAGCCGUUCGUCGGGAACCUGGAUGGGCAUCGGGAUGGCAUUGCCGUUAUGGCGAAGAGUUAUUCAAAAAUAGCGCUCAUUGCAAGCGGCGCAUACGACGGCGAGGUCAAAAUAUGGUAUGUGGCGAACAGAAAAUGUUUAGCAAGCGUCAAUGCUCACUCUGGCUACUGCCGUGGAAUUGCGUUUUGUGGCGACGGAAGCAGAAUAAUCACGAUCGGAGAUGAUAAAAAGAUAAUGACAUGGAGUUACGACCUUGAUCGUCAAGAAGAUGAAGCACCCAAGCCGGCUAAUAUGAUAAUAACGAAAAGUGUCCUAGCCUCUCUGUCGCAUAGUUUCGAUGGUCCGUGGUAUGCAACCAGCGGGGAAACCUGCCACAUAUGGGACGAAAGUCGCAACGAACCGCUGAAGGAGCUGAGAUGGGGCGUCGAUUUGCUGCAGGAUAUCAAGUACAAUCCAACUGAAACGUCCCUUCUCGCAGCUUGCGGUUCCGAUCGUGGGAUUAUUCUAUACGACCAGCGUGAAACGAAACCUGUUCGAAAGAUAGUAAUGACACUGCGCUCGAACCAACUUUCCUGGAAUCCCAUGCAAGCGUUCCAUUUCACUGCGGCCAACGAAGACCACAAUCUAUAUACCUACGAUACGCGUAAACUAACGCAGCCUUUAAAAAUACACCACGGUCACGUCGGUUCAGCAACAUCGGUCGAUUACGCCCCGACCGGUCGGGAAUUCGUAUCCGGAAGCUACGAUAAAACCAUCCGCAUAUUCGACGCUGCAAAGGCAAACAGCAGGGAAGUGUACCACACUAAACGAAUGCAGCAUGUAACGUGCGUUAACUGGAGCAUGGAUAAUAAGUUCAUCUUCUCCGGUUCUGACGAAAUGAAUCUUCGUGUAUGGAAGGCAAACGCGGCAGAAAAAAUUGGCUCGUUGCAGAUGCGAGAAAAGAACGCGUUCAAUUACAACACGGCGCUAAAGGAGAAAUAUGCUGCACAUCCAUCAAUCCGGCGCAUUGCUCAACACCGGCAGGUGCCUAAAAUGGUGUACAACGAGCAGCACAAAACGCGUGCUGCCAAGCAAAGCGAGAAAAGAAAGGAGGAAAAUAGACGACAAAACUCGAAACCCGGUACUGUACCGUACGUGCCAGAAGCGAAGAAGAAAGUCGUUAGCACGGAGUAGUUAU